UUUCCUUGAGGCUGCGCAACUCGAGCUCUGUGACCACCCCACCCAUCAUCCCCGGCCAUGAUGGGCGGGGGCGGCAGAGAAAGCCGUUUUUCUCGCCCCUUUUCUUUUUUUGGGUCGCAGCUCUUCGAGACGGGCCGCUUCCCUUUUGGCCCUAAAAUGUGGCCUACCUUGCCGGGAUGUUGUAGGGCAGGGAUCGCCGGACCCAUAAGGCUGAGUUCUUGGGGCCGCGCGAUCCACAGAGGCUAACCUUCGCAGGCUAAGCCCAGCCGCUCCCAGCUCUUCACUUUAAACACCCCCGCCGCCCCCUCCCCAAUAUGAAUGCUUCAGAAACUGGGGGGGUCGCCCAUCGCCCGCCGCCCCCUCUUUGCCUCCAGGUAGCGAGGCUUUGCCAGCCGAUGCCCGCUCUGCCCUCUUCCCAAUCCCGGAGCCCCUUUUGGGUCGGUUCCUCGGUCUUUUCCGCCCGACGAGGAAUUCUGUGAAAGUCAGCGGACUGCGCGUUGGAUUGAGUCCAGGAAGGAUCGUGGUUUUACGUAGUCAUCGCUAGCGGGAAAGGGAUCUUUGCAGAUGGAAGGAAGAAACGGGUGUUGAUCUGAAGUCUACCGGGGUGGGGAUCCCUCUCUGAAGUCGGGGAUCAUGGCAGCUCCAGGGUACCAUGUUCCACAGCCAGGAUAUCCGGUGGCUUCUCCGCCUUACCCCGUCGUGCCGCCACCGCACACUGGGCCCUCCGCCCCCACCCCUGGGUUCAACGUCUACCCCACCGCCAGUCCCGGACCCGGCUACGUGGCUGCCCCCCAGCCGCCCCCCCGAGGAUACCGGGACCACUCCGCUUCCCCACAACACCCCCAGUCCGGCGAUCCCCACGCGGCCAUUACCCCUUACCUGCCUGUUUCGGCUAGCAUCCCACCUGGCUUGGAGUACCUGACCCAGGUGGACCAAAUUUUGAUCCAUCAGAAGGUGGAACUUGUAGAAGCUUUCAUCGGCUUCGAAGGCAACAACAAGUACGAGGUGCGAAACAGUCUCGGCCAGCACAUCUUCCACGCGGAGGAGCACAACGACUGUUGCACCCGGAACUGCUGCGGCUCGCUACGCCGCUUCUCCAUGCGGCUGGACGAUCCCAGCGGCCGCGAAGUCAUCCGAUUGGUCCGUCCACUGAAAUGCGUCAGCUGCUUUUUCCCCUGCUGCCUUCAGGAGAUGGAAGUCCAGUCCCCGCCGGGUGCCACCAUUGGUUACGUGGUGCAAACCUGGCACCCCUUUAUGCCCAGGUUCUCCAUCCAGAAUGUGGAGAAGGAAACGGUGCUGCGGAUUUUGGGCCCCUGCUUUGCCUGCAGUUGUGGCGGCGAUGUCAGCUUUGAGGUGAAGACCCGGGACGAGUCCCGCGGGGUGGGCCGGAUCAGUAAGCAGUGGAGUGGCCUCCUUAAGGAAAUCUUCACCGACACGGACAACUUUGGGAUCCAGUUCCCCAUCGAUCUGGACGUGAAGGUCAAGGCGGUUCUGCUGGGCGCCUGCUUCCUCAUUGAUUUUAUGUUUUUCGAGAAGACGGGAGAAGUUGGACAGAGGCCCUCUGUGCUGUCCAGCUGAAAUCAUCUCAAAUUAGGGACAAUAUUCCUGGUUCUGACCUGACGGAGAGAGAGAGAGAGAGAAAAAGAGAGAGAGUUUGUGUGUAUGUGUUUUUGUGUGUGUAGAGGGGGUGUGUUUGGGUCUGACAGCGAUGGUUUCUCAGUUAGAAUUGUCUUCUCUUCCUGGACUGUCUCCAUUCGUUGCACAGAUGCGCUUAGCAGUUUUAAUAGAUUAACAAAGUUGGAAAGGACCUUGUAGGUCAUCUAGUCCACCCCCGCCCAAGCAGACUGUACGCCAUUUUUGACAAGAUGGCGGACUGCCCAGUUGGAAGGUUUCCAAGUGUCCAAGAAUUGGGUCUCUAUCCUAGUUGCUUCGGUUCCCAAAAGACUGUUGUUGGCUUGUACAAACCUUGUUAGACUCUGUCCUGCGUGCUCUUUAUCUGUCGUCUUCAGGCUAGGGCAGGUGUCAGCAACCUGUGGCUCUGGAGCCGAAUGCGGCUCUUUGGGCCCUCUGCUGUGGUUCUCUGUUGGGUGUUCCCACCAUUGCCCUCCCCUCCCAGUCACUCCCCACCUGGCCUGAAAAGGUAAGGGCGCAACAGCGGGUGAUGGAGAAGCAGCUGGAGCAGAGACAGAGAGAUACAGAGAGAGGGGGAGAGAGAGAGAGACAUAGAGAGAUACAGAGAGGGAGUCAUGUGACUGGUGGAAAUGAGUGACAUCGAGUUGGCCACGCCCACCCAGGUGCUGUGGCUCCCGGUGUUUUCUUUUCUGUGCGAAACGGAUCCAAAUGAUUCUUUUGAGUAUUUAAGGUUGCAGACCCCUGGGCUAGGGGAUUAUGGGACUUGAAGUCCAGCUCUCUAAAGGAGAGAAGAGGUUGGGGAACGGGUUGGCUUAGAUAUUCUGCUGUUACGAGUUUAAAGUUGUGAUUUUUAGGGAAGCGGUUUGGCAUAGAGGAUCGUUGUGGGUGAUCAAAUGAGUUGGGGUGCCUGCUCAGGUUUUUGGGGUGCGGGGGCCAAGGCUGUUUUAGGGUCUGGUCAAAAAAAAUUCAGAACGGUAGAUUAUUGUGUAACCAAAACGUUGCACAUAAAAACAGGAGAGUUUCACCCUCUAAUCCGGGAGAAUUCUGUUUCUCAAUUUCAGCGAGUUUUAAGAGAGGUGGACUUCAGUUCCCAGAAUUCCCUUGCCCAGAUAGAAUUAUGGACUUAGUAGAUCAGGGGUAUGCUUGCAGACAUAGUAUAUCCGAAGCUGGAUUUCUAGCGAUCGUCUCCUUUAUCAAUGAUAUCAUAGCUGGCUGGGGAAUUCUGGGAGUUGAAGUCCACACAUCUUAAAAGUGCCAAGUUUGAAAACUACUGCCUUACAACGAGGUUUAUUCCUCGUCGGGUGCAGAAUUAGUAAUUCCCCAGGGAUGGGUGUCGGUGCCCCCCAGAGUCUCCAGACCUCCAAGCAGAGAGGCUGGGAGGGCACAGUAAAAAAAAAAAAACCCAACAGAGAGAGAUGCCAGGUGGAUAAUUCAUAAAAUAACACUUGGCAGAAUAAAUAUAACUAUAUAUGGGCAGCUGUGCCAUCAUUCUUCCCAAAAAAUUCCCUGAAAAAUUAGGAUGGGGGGGGAAAAAAAAUAAUGCCUGCUUGUUAACAGCAAAACAAAACAAGCCAACUUCGGUUUAACAAAGGCUUCGUUGUUGGACCCAAAUCAUACGAUGUCAAGACAAGGAACCGAGCGCAUGGGUGCCUCUUAAGUUUGCAAACCAGCACAUCUGGAGACAUCUGGCUGUCUCAAUUGCUGAUUCACAAUUUUUGUUUAAAAAAAAAAAAUUUUGCUGGCACGGGUCGUGGUUGGACUUGUUUUCGCCAACAAUAGGCUGGGCUGCCCUGAGAGGGAUGGGCGUUGUAGUCUUAAGCCGAUCACGAAGGGAGCGACUGGGAUGCCACUUCGGGUUUGUGAGUCUGUCUGGAUUAUGUACAGUGGGUGUCGGCGUGGCACGGACCUGUUGGCACGAAGGACGAAACAUUAUGGAUAUGUUGAGCCAAAUGUUCGCCGUUUUUCCUCUUUCCAGCGCAAAUUUGUGGAUAAUUUUGCUCUCCGAACGAAUUUUAAUUCCUGUUUUCAAUGCCUUGGCCAGGCGUGGAUGUUUGCAAUGAUUGCCACGUUGCCUUAACCAUUAACCUAGCAAGACCCCCUCCCUUUUUGAGGGCUGUUAGGGUCUCCCCACAAUCAGCUCAGGGUUGGGGGUCACGGCGAGGCAAACCCACCCCCUUUCCUUCCCCCCCCCACCCUCCGAAUUUCAAUGUCUUGCAUAAUAUUAAUAUUCGGUGUCUUUUUCCGUACUGUAUUUAAAUACCAAAUGUUUUGGGGAGGAUGGGGUGGGGUGGGGUGAAUGUGUACCCCACAACUCUCGUAGGUCAAGAAGCUGGAAAAAAGAGAAGAUGGACUCUUGAAGUUGAUGCUUGCUUGAGUAAAUUCAAGUUUCUGAGUUUGGGGUUCCUUGAGAGUCCUCCGAGUGGGGGCCAUCUUCUCCGACCCGUGGCACGGGUGAUGGGAUUUGUAGUUCCACCCCAUGUUGGAGAAAGGCCUGGACCUCGUUUUGGAAGGUCAGGCGGGCGGAAGGAUGCAAUUUUGGGGUCUCGCGAACGACGGAGCUUUCGAGUUUCCAGGCUGAUCCAAAAACGAAUAAAUAUGUAGCAUUUGCUGUUUUUUUUUUUUUCCUCUUUGAUGGAUUAAGUGUUGAUUUUAUUGGACUGAUAACAGCUGUCCGUCUUGACGUGAGAGUGGCUGUCAAACCGUAAAAAGCAGCCGAAGCGAACAGAAAACCAAAGUUAUCCUCAACUUAGAACAGUUCGCUUAGCGACCAAAGUUACAGCAUUGAAAAAAACGUGACUUACGAUCACGUUUCACACUUACGACCGUUGCCACAUCCCCGUGGUCACGUCAUCAAAAUCCAGACUUGGAAACUUGAUUCAUAUUGAUGGACCGUUUUUCACACUUACGACCGUUGCCCCAUCCCCGUGGUCACGUGAUCAAAAUUCAGAUGCUUGAUUCAUAUUUAUGACGGUUGCAGUGUCCCAGGAUCAGGUUUUUUUGCGACCUUCCUAUGACGAAAGUCAAUGGGGAAGCUGGAUUCACUUAACAACCGUGUCCCAAACUGAACGACUGCAGUGAUUCGCUUAACAACGGUGGAAAGAAAGGCUGUUAUGAUGGGGCGACGAAACAGGUUUUGCAAAUGUUUCACUUAGCGACAGAAAUUUGGGACUCAAUUGUCGUAAAUCAAGGAUUACCUGGACUGGACCUAAUUCUUACUAACGGAGAAGAAGUGAUGGGGUUGAAGUGGCCGGAACUUGGGACGAGAGUGACCACGUUAUAAUCGAACAGAUUAACAAGAGUCGGAAGGGACCUUGGAGGUCAUCUAGUCCAACCCCCCCGCCUCCCAAGCAGGAGACCCUACCCCAUUUUUGACAGACGGCGGUCCAGUCUCUUCUGGAAAGCUUCCAGGGAUGAAGCUCCCACAGCUUCUGAAGGCAACUUCUCUUCUAUUGGAAUUCAAUAUAAGGCAAACAAGAAAUAAUAGAAUAUAAUGAAAUCAGCCUCUUAAAAGAGCCGAUUUCAACAAACUUGAGAAUUUGGGGGAGGAUUCCGCGGGUGAAAAUGUUAACGGGGACAACUGGAGAAGCGUGGGAAACUCUGAAAAAUAUAAUAAACCCUCUUAAUUGUCA